CACACGCGCACGUACACAAACACACGCACGCACCUCCUGCACAGCCGAGAGCAAACGUGGUGAGUGUUCCACGGCUCAAAGCGCACAUCUUGUGGGCUCUCCACGUCCACCUGAGCCUCACACGAACUGGAAUCAUCUUGGAUUUUAAGGUGAUUAAAUGCUAAUUUGGAUUUAAAGCACAAGUAAAGCUGUUUCUACAUCAUCAAGUGGAAGAUCUCUGGGCGCUAAAGUGACCAUGGCGACUUUUACGCACUGCAGGUAACAAGUUUAGAGGCAAAAAAACAACCAAAAAGAUGGAUUAUUCACUCACCCUUUAACGCGGGAGGAGCUUCAAUGGCGGCACUGCGUAGGAAAUUCGGCGAAGACUACCAGGUGGUCAACACGAAUCGGGCCAGCGCUUUCUCGGCACCGGUGAAGAAGAAGCGUCAGCGCUUCGUGGAGAAGAACGGCCGCUGCAACGUGCAGCACGGAAACCUGGGCGGCGAGACCAGCCGCUACCUGUCGGACCUCUUCACCACGCUGGUGGACCUCAAGUGGCGCUGGAACCUGCUCAUCUUCAUCCUGACCUACACCGUGGCCUGGCUGGUGAUGGCGUCCAUGUGGUGGAUCAUCGCCUACAUCAGGGGGGACCUCAACCACGGCCACGACGCCUCCUACACCCCCUGCGUGGCCAACGUCUACAACUUCCCCUCCGCCUUCCUCUUCUUCAUCGAAACCGAGGCCACCAUCGGCUACGGCUACCGCUACAUCACGGAGAAGUGUCCGGAGGGCAUCAUCCUCUUCCUCUUCCAGUCGCUGCUGGGCUCCAUCGUGGACGCCUUCCUCAUCGGCUGCAUGUUCAUCAAGAUGUCGCAGCCCAAGAAGCGCGCGGAGACUCUGAUGUUCAGCCAGGACGCCGUCAUCUCGCAGCGGGACGGCAAGCUGUGCCUCAUGUUCCGAGUGGGCAACCUGAGGAACAGCCACAUGGUGUCCGCGCAGAUCCGCUGCAAGCUCAUCAAGUCCCGCCAGACGCCCGAAGGAGAGUUCCUGCCCUUGGACCAGUGUGAGCUGGACGUGGGCUUCGGGACAGGAGCGGACCAGCUCUUCCUGGUCUCCCCUCUCACCAUCUGCCACGAAAUCAACCCCAAGAGCCCCUUUUUCGACCUGUCCCAGCGCUCCCUGACCAGCGAGCAGUUUGAGAUCGUGGUGAUCCUGGAAGGCAUCGUGGAGACCACUGGUAUGACCUGCCAGGCGAGGACUUCGUACACAGAGGAUGAGGUCCUGUGGGGCCAUCGAUUCCUACCCGUGAUGUCCCUUGAGGAGGGCUUUUUCAGAGUGGACUACUCCCAAUUCCACAGUACAUUCGAAGUUCCCACCCCGUCAUAUAGUGUCAAAGAGCACGAAGGCAAGAACUCCCCGCCUUCGCCUCUUUCCACGCCCACGCCGGCGCUAACCGAGAGCCACGGCACGCGGCACGACCGAGUCGUCUCCAUGGACUGCAUCAACACCUCCGACGACAGGGGCCGCCAUGGAGGUGCCGGGAGCCGGCUGCCGAGCAAGCUGCAGAGGAUCAGCUCGUCCGGCAAGGAGGACCUGCAGAGGAAGGUGCUGAUGCUGAGCUCGCAGCACUCGGAGAAGGCGUGCAGCACAGGCGACCUGCCCCUCAAGCUGCAGCGCCUCGGGUCCUCGUCGGGGCCCGAGGACGAGAACCGGCUGCAGCUCAAGUCGCUCAAGGUGGGCUUUGAGCCCAUGACCCAGUCCACUGGGGACCUGUACCAGCACAGCCUCAUGCCCACACUGCCCCCAGUGCCGGUCCCCAUGCGCAGCCCCCUGCUGUCAGCCGGCAGGAGGCCAGAGGACAACCUGCCGGCCAAACUACGCAAGAUGAACGCUGACCGCUGAUUAGUUUCCCUUUGCUGGGAUGUUUUAUUGCACAGAUGGACCAUUCUGCAUGUAAAUCAUCACUUGUUAGAAAAUCUUAGUUUUAUCGAUGAAUAAAUUAUAUUCCGCUCUUUG